AUGGCGCUGAGGGUGCAGGCAGGUGUGUGGACCCCAGGUCCCCGGCUGGCCCUGCACAGGGCCCGGCCACUGGGCACCAGGGCCUCGUCGGCCCGCCAGCCGGUGCUGCCCUUCGAAGCCAUCCCCCAGUGCCCCGACAACAAGUGGGUGAGGAUGCUGCGCAUCUGGAAGGAGCAGAGCCAGGGGAGCCUGCACCUGGAGAUGCAGAAGUACUUCCAGGAGCUGGGGUCCAUCUUCAGGUACGACAUGGGAGGGGUACCCGUGGUGAACGUGAUGCUGCCCGAGGACGCAGAGCGGCUGCAGCAGGCGGAAAGCCUGCACCCCUUCAGGAUGCCCUUGGAGCCCUGGCUGGUCCACCGUCAACAUCGCGGGCACAAACUCGGCGUGUUCUUGAUGAACGGGCCUGAAUGGCGCCACAGCCGGCUUCAGCUGAACCAAGACCUGCUCGAGCCCAGAAACACCCAGAAGUUCAUGCCCAUGGUGGACACAGUGGCCCGAGACUUCUCCCAGGCCCUCAGGAAGAAGGUGCUGCAGAAUGCCCGGGGAAGCCUGACCCUGGAUGUCCAGUCCAGCAUCUUCCUUUACACCAUGGAAGCCAGUAACUUCGCCUUGUAUGGAAAGCGGCUGGGCCUGCUCAGCUCCAACCCCAGCGCCGCCAGCCUGAACUUCCUCCAGGCCCUGCAGUCCGUGAUGAAAUCCACUGCGCAGCUCAUCUUCAUGCCACGGAGACUGUCCCGCUGGGUCAGCCCCAACACUUGGGAGGAGCACUUCCAGGCCUGGGACGUCAUCUUCCAGUAUGCCAACAAGGUCAUGCACAACACCUAUCAGGAGAUGGCGCUCGGCUGCCCGCGGCACUACAGCGGCGUCAUGGCGCAGCUGCUCUUCAACUCAGAUCUGUCCCUGGAUACCAUCAAGGCCAACGCUGUGGAGCUCACCGCGGGGAGUUCAGACACGAUAGCCAACACCUUACUGAUGAUGUUCUUCGAGCUGGCUCGCAACCCUGACGUGCAGCAGGCCCUGCGCCAGGAGAGCCAGGAGGCGGCAGCCGCCAUCGCGGAGAGCCCCCACAGGGCCAUGUCCGAGCUGCCCCUGCUGCGGGCCGCCCUCAAGGAGACUCUGCGGCUGUACCCCGUGGGUUUAACGGUGCAGAGGCGGGUAAAAUCCGACCUGGUCCUGCAGAACUACCACAUUCCCGCUGGGACGAAUAUCUUCUUGUACCUCUACUCCCUGGGUCGCAACCCCGCCGUGUUCCCCAGGCCCGAGCGCUACGACCCCCGGCGCUGGCUGACCAAGGCCUCCACCUCUAACUUUCGUCACGUGGCCUUCGGCUUCGGGAUGCGCCAGUGCCUGGGCCGGCGGCUGGCAGAGGUGGAGGUGCUGCUGCUCAUGCACCACAUGCUGAGAAACUUCCUCGUGAAGACCGUAUCCUCCGAGGACAUACAGAUGAUCUACCGCUUCGUGAUGGUCCCCUCCACCUAUCCCCUCCUCACCUUCCAGGCCAUCGACUAG